AUGUUCUAAAAAUCAAAAAUUCCAAUAUAAAAAUUUACAUAUAAUAUUCUUUUUUUUGGCAGUGACAAUUUUCCUUUAGCAACUUUCAAAACCAUACAUACUAAAAUUGAUCCCAAAAUAACAUCCAAUCUUCAUUUAGUUACAAAUUAUCAACCCCCAGAAUAAAAAUCUAAACAUAAAAAUCUUAUAUAAUAAUAUGCAAUACAAAACAACCUAUAAGUAUACCAACCAUUAGGUAAAACAUCCAAAAAUACUCAAAUUGAAUGGCAAGAAUUUAUUUAAAGCGGUGUUUUUGAAAAUACAAAAUUUGACAUUGGGGUAGUAUGUUCAUAUGGAUAUAUGAUCCCAAAUGAAAUAAUUGAUUGUUUCUAAUAAGGAAUGUUUGUUAUUCAUCCUAGUUUACUUCCCAAAUAUAGAGGCGCUUCUCCAAUUUAAUAAGCUUUGUUAAAUGGAGAUAAGGAGACUGGAGUUUCAAUUAUUGAGAUUAGUAAAUAAAAAUUUGAUGCUGGAAAAAUACUUAAAUAAAGUAAAAUUUCAAUUCCAGAAGAAUUUACUUAUACAGAAUUAAGUGAAAAGUUAUCUGAUUUAUCAAGUUAAUGUCUUGUUAAUAUUUUAUAAAAUUUAAAUUUUUAUAAAUAGAAUGCUGUUAAUUAAAAUGAAAGUGAAGUUUCUAAAGCUCCUAAAUUUCAAGUUUAAGAUAGUUUCUUAGAUUAUUGCUAAUUUGAUGAGGUGGAAAUUUAUAAUAGGUUUAGAUGUUUUAAAGGAACUAACUUUGUUUCUGUGAGGACUAUUUUUGUUGAUAAAGAAGUUAUUUUGGAUAAAAUUAGUUUACCAAAUUAAAAAUAAAUUGAAUAGUUGAAUUAAUAUAAAAAUGCUCUACCGGGUUCUUUAUGGAUUAUUCAGAGUUGUAGGAAGAAUUUCUUUGUUAAAUGUAAAAAUAGAUUUGUUAAAGUUGAUGAAUGGAGAUUUUUUAAUUAGAAAAUUAAAUAAGCUUAUACCUUUAUUGAUUAAUUUUUUGAUAAAUAGUUAAUUUAUGAUAAUCCAGAUUCUUAAGGACAUUAUUUUUUUAAAUAUAAAUAAAAAAAUUGA